AUCUUCGAUUUCAAGUUUCGAUAAUGGUUGUAUUUGGCGGCUAUUUUUACAAAUUUCCUAAAAUAAAAACAAAUCAUUCAUGUGUUAGCAGUUAAACGUUAUGACAAUGUCUUGCGAUAUGUUAUUGCAUCCUGAACUCAUGAGCAAUGAACAAUUAAUAUAUAUAAUUCAACAGAGACAUUUAAGAGUGCCAAAUAUUCUAUCGAUGCAGAGGCAUGAUCUCCUGUCUUUGUUUCAUCAAUUUUGUGUGCCCUAUGGGCAAAGGAAAUACAAGGAUUCUGGGAGAGGCAAAGUUUUAAAUAAAAACAGAAAUACAAGUCCGGAACCAGCCACAAAACUUAAUUUGUCAACUAACGCACAUGUAAAUGUAGAGAGCACACAAAUUCAUUUAAAAUACACAAUUCAGAAUGACAGAUUGAGACCUCCACCGGACUUGCUAUCAGGACACAUAAAUAAGAAAAUGAAAGUAGAAAUAAAACCAGUAAUCAAUGAAUCUGAUAAAUUCAAGAGAAAAGUUCCUAUUGAUCCUGCAACACUUGUCACAGAUUGUCCACCGAUCAAGAGAGAAAGGAAACCAAUAACAUGGCCGUAGUUUUAAUAAAUAAGUUUACAUUAAAUGGACUGACAAUGCAUUUUGAAUGUUUUAUAAAUGUGUGUGAUAAUAAUGGAUUUAAAUAAUUAUUGUGAAACAAAAGAUGUAAAUAGAAAAUAUUUGUAAUGAA